AUGUCUUCUUCGACGCCGGCACCACCACAAAGAUUUACUUCCGCAUCACUACUUCUUAAACCUAUCCCAUUACAACGAACUGGUGAGAUAAAAAUAAAAGAUCUAAAACCAUGGAUUCGUGGUUUCGAUCUAAAGUGUAUCAUUUUACAACACCAAGUUGAAUUGCAUAGUUUUCUUGUUGCGGACGAAACUGCAUUAUGUACUUUGGUCAUUUGGGAGAAUGGUCAAUAUUUUAAAAGCGGGGAUAUCGUGCAAAUUAAUCAAGGUGAAACCAGAAUUCAUGAAGAUACAUUUGAACUUACUGUAAAUAGUAACUUUGGAAAGAUAAAAGUUGUUGAUUGGGAUGUUUUAACCUAUGUUGAAAAUGAAUUUCCUAAUUUAUCAAGUUUCUUGUGGGUUCAAACUGAUAAUAAAUAUGUAAUAAAUUUUCAACCUAUUGUUGAACCUCAAUCUCAACCUCUGAAAAUUGAAUAUGGGCAACAAGAAAUGUCUCAAUCAUCUACUACUAUUUCGGAAAUCAAACAAGAGGAGGAUUCUAAAAUCAAAAUCAAGGAAGAAGAAGAAGAGAUGAUAGAUUCAAUGAGAGGAGGAAGUCGAAAUCAAGAUAACAGACGUGGCGGCAGCGGUGGACAACAACAGUCACAGCAGUCACGGCAUAGAGAGCGUGAAUGGGAAUAUGGUCGACCUCAUACGGAUCUUGAUAGACCAGAAGAAGGUGAAUUGGUCGAUAUUGAUUUUGCAUCAUGGAUGAAUAAAAGUGAUGCGAAAAAGCAAACUAGAUUCGAAUAA